AAAGACUUUUUCGAGCCUUUUUGAUAGACUCUUUUACUUCUAUACAAUAUACUCAAAUGACCGGGAAACUUGAUGAAGAACUCGCCAAUACCGACCCAACCGUGCUCCGUGUCUUUAUCGUACGUCACGGCCAGACGGAGUUCAACCGCAAAAAGAUCCUCCAAGGCCACCUUAACGUCCCGCUCAACGAAACCGGGUAUACACAGGCCGACCUGAUUGGCUCACGUCUUGCGAACGUGCAUAUCGACCGUAUCGUGUCUUCAGAUUUGACCCGAUGCCAGCAGACAGCCCAGCCGAUUAUCGCGAAGAAUAUAAACGAGGUUCUUGCGGAUGAAUUGCACAUCACGGAGAACCUACGCGAAAGGGCGAUGGGCCCCCAUAUCGAGGGAAAAACCAUCCCUGAGGCCAUGGCGUACGCCCAGUCCCAAGGGGUGGACAACUUCAGACACUACGGCGAAGCCUUAGGGGCCGUGACCCAUAGGUUGGACGCGGAGUGGACCAAGUUGACCACUGGGCCGGACUCUUUGUCCCAUAAAAACGUGGUGCUCGUGACCCAUGGCGGGGUGAUCAGAAGAUGGUUACCGUACUUGCACAAGCAGGGGAAGUAUGGGUUAAAGGAAGGGUUGACGGAGGAGGACUUGAAAGUGCCGUACAACACGUCGUUGACGGUAGUAGACUUUUACAAGCAUGAGAGCAAGCAUCCCGGAAUGAUCCAGAUGUUCGGUGACACCGCCCAUCUAGGGGCCCAGUUAAAGGUUAAGGAUCAGGAUUUGAGAUAAUAGGGUGUGUUAAUGGUACGUCGGGUAAUGCAGAUCCCCUUCGAGAUGCGGAAUCUUUCCCUGCAUUUAGAGUAGCAUGGUAUUUAGCUUUAUAGGUUGAUAGGACCCCCUCGCCCUCUUUAUUGUAUAGCUAGUGUCUAGGAAACCAACUAUAUUCUCUCUUAGAUAACAGAUUUCAUAC